AUGCUGUUCCAAUCCUUUGCUCAGGGAGCUCUCUGUGCUCUUUUGGCUUCCUCUGCUCUUGCAGCUCCUGCCUUGCAUCGCAAAGUUCGCGAUGCUUGUGAACCUGUAACUGUUACUCAAAAAGCUACUGUCCACUUGACCAAGACGGUCUUUGUUACAGAAGCAUGCUCCGCUAACGGCGGUUCUAAUGGUGCAACCUCUACCGACGUUGCUUCGGUUUCCUUGCCCUCCGGUGUUACCGUUGGUCCUUCGGAAACAGCCGUUACAGGUUACACUACGUACCCUGUCACUGAGACCAGCACGGUGAGUGUCUAUGAGCCUAGCUGCUCUUGUGUUACCGACUCCAUUGUUACUAGCACUGCUACCCAUACUUCGCCCACGGCUGUGUACGUUGUCAGUUCUAAUGACUAUACGACGGUAACUCGUACUACUUGCUACUUGACUGAGACCGAGACGGCUCACCAUACCCCUGCUUCUGUCACCGAGUCUGCCGCUACCGGCGUCGUCUCUGGCAAUGGCAAUGGUCAAGAGAGUUCUGUCCUCACAAUCACUGCUUCUAAUGUUCCCGAUGUCACUACUACUGUGACCACCGAGAUUGUUUCUGGUACCACUGUCACGAAGACUCUUGCCUGCUCUGCAAACAAUGGCGGCUGCUCUGCCAUUGUCAGCACAACUGUGUAUACUGAGACUUCUGCUGUUCCUACCACUAUCGUCUCUACUGACACUGUUCGUGGUAGUGUCAUCACCUCGACGGGCUAUGUUUCUGUCCCCGUUACUGUUACGUCCACGGAGUUCAGCACGCUUCCGUCUGAAACGACCCUUCUCACAACUAUUCCUUGCACUCCUACUACUGUUACCUAUACCUACACAGUUCCCGGACGUGGUGCUCAAACAACCACUUCGGUCUUCACUGUGACUCAACCUUACACCGAAGUUGGUACUACCACGGUGACCGUUACUGAGGGAAACAGUGUAUAUACAACCACUGCUACCGUUUACAGUACCAUUCCCGUUGUGACCACGUCCUAUGUUCCUUCGACUACAACCGUAGUCUCUGAAUCUGUCUAUGUAACAACGACCACCGUUGGAGGUUCUGUGUCAGUCAGCACCGUUACUGUCCCCGUCACCUACACUGAGAUAAAGACUCCCGGUACUACUGUGACAGUUCCUACCACUGCUGUUGUUCCUCCUUAUGGUCUGAACACCACGACUUCUACUGUUUUCUAUGGUAACAGCUCCGUUGUUUCCGUGACGAAAACUGCAACUGUCCCUGUGAAUGGAACUACUGUUGUAAGCACUGUCUAUGCGAACGGAACCACUUAUGUUACCUCUGCUCCCGUUACUACUGUCACUGUAAACGGCACUACCUAUACGAAUGUUUCGACUCAAGUUAGUUCGGUUCCUGUCACCAGCAUCUCUGCCAACGUUACAGCCUCCGUGAGCAGUAUUCCUGCUACUAGCGCAUUCGUGAACAGCAGCGUCCCUGUUAGCUCCGUUCCUGCUACAAGUGCUUUUGCCAACAGCAGUGCCCCUGUCUCCAGCAUUCCUGCUACUAGCGCCUAUGUAAACAGCAGUGUUCCUGUCUCCAGUGUCCCUGUCACUAGUGCCUUUGUGAACAGCAGCGCCCCUGCUAGCUCCGUUCCCGUUACCAGCGGCUAUGUGAACAGCAGUGUUCCUGUUUCUAGCGUUCCCGUUACCAGCGGCUAUGUGAACAGCAGUGUUCCUGUUUCUAGCGUUCCCGUUACAAGCGCCUACGUCAACAGCAGCGUUCCUGUCUCUAGUGUCCCUGUCACUAGCGCAUUCGUGAACAGCAGUGUCCCUGCUAGCUCCGUUCCCGCUACCAGCGUCUAUGUGAACAGCAGUGUCCCGGUGUCCAGCAUUCCUGUCACCAGUGUUCCCGUCUCCAGCGGCUAUGCUAACAGCAGUGCCCCUGUGUCCAGCAUUCCCGUCACCAGUGUUCCUGUGAACAGCAGCGUCCCUUCUACUAGCGUUCCUGUGACCAGUGCCCCCGUUUCUAGUAUUUACGCUAACAGCAGCGCCCCUGCUACCAGUGCUCCUCUGACCAGUGCACCCGUUUCUAGCGUUUAUGCCAACAGUAGCGUUCCAGUGUCCAGCGUUCCUGUUACUAGCGUCCCCGUUAACAGCAGCGUUCCUGCCAGCUCGGUCCCUGCUACCAGUGUACCUGUAAGCAGCGCUCCCGUUUCUAGCGUCUACGCCAACAGCAGCGUUCCUGCUACUAGUGUCCCCGUUAGCAGCGCUCCUGCUUCCAGUGCUCCCGUGAACAGCAGCGUUCCUGCUACCAGUGUCCCCGUUACUAGCGCUCCCGCUUCCAGUGCUCCCGUGAACAGCAGCAUUCCCGUUACUAGUAUUCCCGUAAGCAGCGCUCCCGUUUCUAGCGUCUACGCCAACGGCAGCGUUCCUGCUACUAGUGUCCCCGUUACUAGCGCUCCUGCUUCCAGCGUCUAUGCCAACAGCUCUGUUCCCGUUUCAAGCGUCCCUGUUAGCAGCUCGGUUCCCGCUACCAGUGUACCUGUAAGCAGCGCUCCUGUUUCCAGCGCCUACGCCAACAGCAGCGUCCCUGUCUCAAGCGUCCUUGUUAGCAGCUCUGUUCCCGCUACAAGUGUCCCCGUUAGCAGCGCUCCCGUGAACAGCAGCAUUCCAGUCUCAAGCGUUCCUGCUACUAGUGUCCCCGCUACUAGCGCCCCUGCUUCCAGUGCUCCCGUGAACAGCAGCGUUCCUGCUACCAGUGUCCCCGUUACUAGCGCUCCCGCUUCCAGCGCUCCCGUGAACAGCAGCAUUCCAGUCUCAAGCGUUCCCGUUACUAGCAUUCCCGUAAGCAGCGCUCCUGCUUCUAGCGUCUAUGCCAACAGUUCUGUUCCCGUUUCAAGCGUUUCUGUUAGCAGCUCGGUUCCCUUUACUAGCGCCCCUGCUUCCAGCGCUCCCGUCAACAGCAGCGUUCCUGUCUCAAGUGUCCCUGUUAGCAGCUCCAUUCCCGCUACUAGUGCACCUGCUACCAGCAUCUACGUCAACAGUUCUGUUCCAGUCUCAAGCGCCCCUGUGAGUAGCUCUGUUCCCGCUACUAGUGUCCCCGUUAGCAGCGCUCCUGUUUCCAGCGCCUACGCCAACAGCAGCGUCCCUGUCUCAAGCGUCCUUGUUAGCAGCUCCAUUCCCGUUACUAGCGCCCCUGCUUCCAGUGCUCCCAUGAACAGCAGCAUUCCAGUCUCAAGCGUUCCUGCUACUAGUGUCCCCGUUAGCAGCGCUCCUGCUUCCAGCGUCUACGCCAACAGUUCUGUUCCCGUUUCGAGCGUUCCCGUUAGCAGCUCUGUUCCCGCUACUAGUGUCCCCGUUAGCAGCGCUCCCGUGAACAGCAGCGUUCCAGUCUCAAGCGUUCCCGUUACUAGCAUUCCUAUAAGCAGCGCCCCUGCUUCCAGCGUCUACGCCAAUAGUUCUGUUCCCGUUUCGAGCGUUCCCGCUACCAGCGUCCCCGUCAGCAGUGCACCUGUUUCCAGCAUUCCCGUAAGCAGCUCCGCUCCAGUUUCUAGUGCCCCCGUCUCGAGUGCUCCUUCGAACAGCUCUGUCCCUGUUUCCAGCGUGCCCGCUACUAGUGCUCCUGUAAGCAGCGCUCCCGUUAGCAGCUCUGUCAUUGUUUCCAGUGCCCCUGCUACUAGCGCCCCUGUUUCCAGCGUCUACGCCAACAGCUCUGUUCUCGUUUCAAGCGCUCCUGCUACCAGCGUUCCCGUCAGCAGUGCACCUGUUUCCAGCAUUCCCGUAAGCAGCUCCGCUCCAGUUUCUAGUGCCCCCGUCUCGAGUGCUCCUUCGAACAGCUCUGUCCCUGUUUCCAGCGUGCCCGCUACUAGUGCUCCUGUAAGCAGCGCUCCCGUUAGCAGCUCUGUCCCCGUUUCGAGCGUACCCGCUACUAGCGCUCCUGUAAGCAGCUCUGUCAUUGUUUCCAGUGCCCCUGCUACUAGCGUUCCUGUUUCCAGCGUCUACGCCAACAGCUCUGUUCCCGUUUCAAGCGUCCCCGUCAGCAGUGCGUCCUCCAGUUCCAUCUUAGUUCCUGACAUGCCUGGUAAUUUCGAACCCGUCACUACCAGCGAAGCUUUCAGCAGUUCUGCAACUUCGACUGUCGCGUCAUCUACUGAAGCAAGCGCUUCUGAAGUAUCUUCGACUUCCGUCUCUUACUUGAUUCCUGACAUCCCCGGUGAUUUCGAACCCGUCACAACCAGCGAAGCUUUCAGCAGUUCUGCAACUUCGACUGUCGCGUCUUCUACUGAGACAAGCGCUUCUGAAGUAUCUUCGACUUCCGUCUCUUACUUGAUUCCUGACAUUCCCGGUGAUUUCGAACCUGUUACAACCAGUGAGUCUUUCAGUAGUUCUGCAACUUUGACUGCCGUAUCCUCUACUGAGACAAGCAUUUCCGAGACACCUUCGACUUCGUCUGAUCCUGUCGAAUCUUCUACUGAAGUGACCUCUUCUGAAGCUCCCUUGACUACUUCUUCCUUCUUUGAGUCUUCUUCUGAGUUGAGCUCUUCUGCGGUCCCUACUACCACAUCCACGAGUGCUACUACUUCUACGGCUCCUUCUACGACCACUGGUACCUGUGUGAUCGGUGCAACUGCAGUGGCUACUCCUCAGUGUGCAUCUCAAAAGCAAGGCAACCCCUCUGGUAUCGUUGAAUUCGUCUCUGCAAAGAAGGUCUCCGAUUCUCAGUACGAUAUCACAUGGCACAUGAAGGUCGACUCUGGUGACCGCGAUAUCUCUUCCAGUCUUUGGGAGUUAAAGGAUAUCGGUACUUCUCAAAAGGUUCUCUACAGCAACAACAUCAGCCCUCCCGGUAAGGAUCUUUCUCAGAACUGGUUUGACUUCUAUUAUGUUGACAGAGUUACUCCCCAAAGCUCUAACGGUAAGCUCUGUGCUUACAUCCAAUUCCAAUAUGACUACAAGGACGGAACCAACAGUUACGACUACCGCACUGGUUGUGACUCCGCUGCCGCUGGUGCUACCUACUGCUGGGACUCCUGUGUCGUCGAAGCCUAAUGAAUGACUUGUUUUUGUUUAUAAUACCAAAUUAUUAGACUGUAUGUUGUUAGGUCAACCACAGUCAAAAACUUCAUUUCUUGGAAUUCGUUUCUCUCAUUUCUGACUAUCUUUCAAGACAGUGCUGGUUAAACUGUUAUAAUCUUAUUGUUUUUUGUUCAAGUCAACAAUAGUUUUUUAGUCCAUUAAAAAGCCUUUAAUAAAUUAGGGUUUCUAAUUUCCCAUCUCAUUUAAUAAGUUAACAUUUCCUGAAUUGUACUUUAAUAUAUACAAGAAUUUUCGUCUUCAA